CACCAUGUUCGCCUCGUCGUCCAGCGUCCCAUGUCCAUGUCCCCGCCAGCAUCCCCCCUCAUGUCGUCGAACUAGACAUCUAGCAGUAGCUAAUAUCUCUCAUAAUCACACCCUAUUGACAUGGUCUUGUCCUACUCGCGCCUAGCCGCCUUUCGUGCCUGCGCUCACACGACCAGUCUCCUUCGCCCCAAGCUCGCAGGCCCUAGACUUUCCUCGCGGCUUACCUAUUCUCGCCCUUACGCUUCUGUGUCGCAUCGGCAAGCCUCGAUACCCCAGUCGAGCUCUCGAACAGCGAGGUAUGCCCGCCGGACGCUCUACUUCGCGGGUACUCUCGGGGCCCUGUGGUUCGUGGACACCGAAUUCAACGCGUCGGCGGUCACAAGAAAUCUACGUACGUUCUGGGCGUGUGCCAUGAUCGCCCUCGACUACAAGCUCAACUUCAAACCUGAGCUCAGCCACGAGAUUCCCGCCCUCCACGCACGCGUCGCAGAUCGCGUAUACGACCUGUUCACCUCCAAUGGCGGGCUCUAUAUCAAGAUCGGCCAAGCCUUCGCGAACAACGCCGCGCUCAUGCCUGCUCCAAUGCAAGACAAGUUUUCAAAGCUCUUCGACGACGCCCCGCAAGUUCCGUAUUCUGUCGUCGACAAGGUCUUCCGCCGCGAGCUCGGCCGUCCGCCCGCCGGCCCGGACGGCGUGUUUGAGGUCUUCGAAGAGCAAGCCGCAGCAAGCGCAAGCAUCGCGCAGGUACAUCGCGCGAAGCUCAGGCCGGAGGACGGCGGGCAUUGGGUGGCGGUCAAGGUCCAGAAGCCGGACGUCAGCCGGCAAGUUGAGUGGGACCUCGGUGCAUACAGGAUCGUCAUGUGGAUCUACGAGAAGUACAUCUUCGACAUGCCGGUGUACUUCACUGUUGACUUUAUCUGUGACCACCUCCGACGCGAACUUGACUUCGAGCUCGAGGCAAAGAACGCCCAAGAGACUGCCCGCUUUGUCGCUGCCGAGCCGCGCCUUGCGGACAAAGUCUACGUACCCAAGGUGUUCCCUGCGCUGUCCACCAAGAAGGUCAUGGUCGCCGAGUGGAUCGACGGCGUCCGUCUCUCAGACCGGCGCGCCAUCCGCGCGCUCAUGGGCGAAGCCUCCCCUGCCGACGUGAUCCCCUCGACACCGUCGGCAACCGGGCCCGACUACUCUCGCAUCAUGCAGCAGGGCCCGCUCAAGGGCGGUGUCUCGUGGAUCAUGCGGACGAUGAUUGAGCUGUUCAGCGCGCAGAUCUUCGACUGGGGCUGGGUUCACUGUGACCCGCACCCCGGCAACAUCUUCGUCCGCCCGCACCCACAGCACCCCGGACGCCCCCAGUUCGUGCUCCUCGACCAUGGCCUUUAUGUCCGCUGCCGACCGGAGUUCCAGCGCCAGUAUGCCGUUUUGUGGAAGGGCCUGUUGACGCUCGACUACGGCGAGGUCGAAGCGGUUGCCAAGGAGUGGGGGAUCGGCGAGGCAGGCCUCUUCGCAAGUGCAACACUGAUGCGGCCUGUGAAGCUCCGACGGAGUGGGAAGUCGGCUGGUGGUGAGAGCGGCAGUCGGCGGUGGACGGAGAUGUCAGAGUACGAGCGGAGCGUCCAGCUGAAGGAGAGGCUACGCAAGUUCUUGACGAACACGGAUAAGAUCCCCAAGGAACUCAUCUUCAUUGGGCGGAACAUGCGCAUUGUGCAAGGCAACAAUCAACAGUAUGGCUCGCCCGUGAACCGCAUACGCAUCACCGGCUCGUGGGCCUCGCGUUCGCUCACCACUGACCCGUCCCUCACACUCGCGGAGCGCCUGGCCGAGUAUCGCAGAUACUUCACAUUCCUCCUUGCUACUACCUUCUUGGACUUUGCAUUCUAUGUCACCAGGGUUCGGCAGUGGGCGCUGCGAAUGGUGGGUCUCAAGGGAGAAGGCUUCGAGGACGAACUAGAGCGCACUAUGAGGGGGUUUGCAAGGACUAAUUUCGGAAUAGAGAUUACACAAGGUGCAUUUGAUGGUUAAUACUGCAAGUCAAUGGACAACGUACUCCUCUGUGUCUCCGUGUCGGAUGAAGCCAACAUUCACGUCUGUA